AUGGUUUCUCCUUCGCCACGGCGGCAGCAGCAGCUGCUUCUGUUAUUCCUUGUCUUCUCGGCGACUGUAAACGCCCUCCACUUUUAUCUGGACGCUAAUGAAAAGAGAUGCUUUGUAGAGGAGGUGCCGUCUGAGACGGUAGUCGAAGGCCACUAUCGAGCGCUCGAAUGGUCUGAUGAGCAGCAGGCGUAUGUCAAUAACCCAGAGCUGGGCAUACUGGUAGAAGUCGACGAAAUGGAGACGUCCCACCCCGUUGUCCGGACAAGAGGACCACCCGACGGUCGAUUCACCUUCACGUCCCACGACUCAGGAGACCAUUCCAUCUGCCUCUCCACGAACUAUUCGUCUUCAUGGUUCGGCUCUAACACGCACAUACGACUAUACCUCGACGUUGUCGUGGGGGCGGUAAAACCAGACUUGGACCGCGACCGCUCUCAUAUCUCAGAACUGGCGGCGAAAGUCCGUGACUUAAACAACAAACUGGAGGACAUUCGGAGAGAGCAGCAGUACCAGAGGGAGCGAGAGGCGGACUUUCGGGACCUUAGCGAGGAGACGAAUUCGAAAGCAGUGUGGUACAGUCUGCUUCAGAUUGCGGUAUUGAUUGGAACGUGUGCCUGGCAGUUGCGGCAUUUACGGCGGUUUUUUGAAGAUCGAAAAAUGCGAUGACACCUGGAGUUUCGUGUACUCUCAUGUCAUUUCACGUAUAGGACAUUGGAUUAAUCGCUGUAUCUGAGGUGCAUGAACGUGAGUGGCGCGGGAUAUGCUGGCAGGAUGCGAAAAG